AUGGACGAAGGUUUUAUCAACGACGAGGUCGACUAUAGCGUCGAAGACGACAGCUAUACCGACGACCAACUCCCUACCAACUACGAGAGAGUUUCUGCUCAGGUACAGCAGGAAACCCCUUCUAGCUGGGGCGACGACAUUCCAGAUACCGUCAAGGCUAUGCCUGCUCCUACUAUCGUCACGGGUACACCUAGAGUCAGCGGGGCUGCUCAGAAGGAAACCCGGGCGGAACAAAGUACUACGAAGCCCAACGAGGCGGCGCGUGUUGCACGAACUCGGACCACUGAGGAAAUCCUCAAGUGUGGACGUUGUGGUACCAACGCGCAUGGACAGGGCCGUGGAUGCCCUUGGUUGGAAGAAGUAUUGAGGAGCGGCGCCCUCACACGGGUCGGAACGGACGACAACUACGACCUGAUCCGAUUGGACCUUGCCGAACCUUUAUCUUUGAACCGGUACAUCUCCAAUCAUAAGGGGGCACCGAUCAAGAGUACUAAGGAAGCAUUCGAGUUGAGCUGCCGGAGCUACUCGAUGAACUCGGUUAAGGCCAUUCCGAAGUGGUACCGAUUCGAAGGGCAGAUUCCAUCCUUGCUGGGAAGGAUGAGGACUACGAUUGACUCAAGGGCCGGGGUUCCCUUGAGGGCACAAACACCGACCUGUAACCGUUACUCAGGAGGUUAUGCGAGGACCUACGCCGGUGUUCAUUACCUCCAAGACCGAAGACAGCUUCAUCCUUACCGAUUCAACUGGGAAGGAUUACUUGUUGAACCGUGGAUCGAUUGCGGCGUGGACCCGUCAGGGACCGCUUUAGCGACUGAGGACAUCGCAGGGAAGAAGAGAACGACUUGUGGUGACAGGAAUCUAUCGGCCCCGACGGUCGCCUACUUCCUACAUCCGCGGUUCGCUCUCGACUACCUCGACCUCGCCGCUGUUGGUCACGGUGGAUUACUAGGCGGCAGCCGACGGUGGAUUAGAAGGUUUCAUCGGACGACGGGAGACGGGAUACACGUGUAUAGGUCGAGGCAUACGGGCAGAGGAGAAGCGGAAGACGCACGGCCCGGAGUAUAG